CGCAGGGGGAGGGGAGAGAGGAGGACGAGGGGAGGGGACAAGAGAGCUAGCGGUCCCGCCCGGUGAUGUAGGCAGCCCGGGGAGGUGGAGCCGCGACGCCUGAAGGAGUCCCCACUGCAGCCGCGCUCUCCGUCUACCCCCCGGAGCAGUCGCCAGCCCCAGCUCCCGCGACCUCCCCGCCGCCCAAUUGCGGGGACCGCGGGAAUCCCCCCGUUCGGGCUUGGGGGCCGUCACCACUCCCAGCCCCUGCCCCUCCUUGCUUCCCAGACGGCUGAAGCCACUCCCGGGGGAAGCAGUUCCCGGCCGCUCUGCCGCCGCCCGGGCAUCUCGGCUGCCGGCCCGGCUGGGCACCGGGCAUCUGCGAAGCGAGCCCCGCCUGGCACUCCGGGUACCGACUGUCUCCGGCGCCGCCCGGCUUCUCGCGACUCGGGGCGGUGGGCUUCUGCGCGCCCUCCCUCUCCCGGCUGCCUGACUGGAAGCCUGUGAGCCCCCGCGCCCGCAACACCUUUGGCCACCGCCGCGAUGCUGCCCUGGAGACGUAACAAAUUCGUGCUGGUGGAGGACGAGGCCAAGUGCAAGGCGAAGAGCCUGAGUCCGGGGCUCGCCUACACGUCGCUGCUCUCCAGCUUCCUGCGCUCCUGCCCGGACCUGCUGCCCGACUGGCCGCUGGAGCGCCUGGGCCGCGUGUUCCGCAGCCGGCGCCAAAAAGUGGAGCUCAACAAGGAGGACCCUACCUACACGGUGUGGUACCUGGGCAACGCCGUCACCCUGCACGCCAAGGGCGACGGCUGCACCGACGACGCCGUGGGCAAGAUCUGGGCGCGCUGCGGGCCGGGCGGGGGCACCAAGAUGAAGCUGACGCUGGGGCCGCACGGCAUCCGCAUGCAGCCGUGCGAGCGCGGCGCCGCCGGGGGCUCGGGGGGCCGCAGGCCGGCGCACGCCUACCUGCUGCCGCGCAUCACCUACUGCACGGCGGACGGGCGCCACCCGCGCGUCUUCGCCUGGGUCUACCGCCACCAGGCGCGCCACAAGGCCGUGGUGCUCCGCUGCCACGCCGUGCUGCUGGCGCGGGCGCACAAGGCGCGCGCCCUGGCCCGCCUGCUCCGCCAGACCGCGCUGGCGGCCUUCAGCGACUUCAAGCGUCUGCAGCGCCAGAGCGACGCGCGCCACGUGCGCCAGCAGCAUCUCCGCGCCGGGGGCGCAGCGGCCUCGGUGCCCCGCGCCCCGCUGCGCCGCCUGCUCAAUGCCAAGUGCGCCUACCGGCCGCCGCCGAGUGAGCGCGGCCGCGGGGCGCCGCGCCUCAGCAGCAUCCAGGAGGAGGACGAGGAGGAGGCUGAGGCCGCGGAGGAGCGCGAGGGAGGAGCCCCCCAGCGCGAGCGGCCCGAGGUGCUCAGCCUGGCCCGGGAGCUGAGGACGUGCAGCCUGCGGGGCACCCCGGCGCCUCCGCCGCCCGCGCAGUCCCGCCGCUGGAAGGCCGGCCCCAGGGAGCGGGCGGGCCAGGCGCGCUGAGAGCCGCGGGGCGGGACUCGCGGCCGCAGACUCGGCCCGGCAGACUUACAGCCUCCAACCCCUGCCCUGCCCGCUUCGGCUCCCCCUGGCCCCGGCCCUCCCCUCCCUCGUGGCCUCUGUUGUCCGCUCAGCCGCCUCGUUCUAGCUCAGGGCGAUGCCUGAUAUGCCCUUGGUUAUGGGGGUGGGUGUCACCCCUCUCCACACCCGGCCUUUCCCAGGCCCGCCAUUGUGGAACUGCCCCCUGCGCUUUAUACCAAAUCUCCGCCCACGGACCACCCCGCUCCCUUCCAAAGCAUCCUCUCAAGAGAAGGAGGGAGAAGUUUCCAGAAAUCCAGAAGGGUGGGUUUGGACCCUGGACCUGUCCUUGGUCCCUCUAGCCUUUCUCUGUGAUAGGAAUGACCCUGAGAGGCAUUCUUGUAGGGGAAGAACCUAGUGACCCGGAAGAAUUGAUGCCCGGCCCAUGGUGGGCACUGAGUUGGCCGCCAUACACAGGGAAGAAUCACGGGCCCUACGUCCGGCCUCUCUACCCCUUGGAGGACUCCUGGGACUUGCCUGCUCUGCCCGUGGAGAAGACUGGAAUGGCCCUCCCAACCUUCGAACCGAAGGUUGGGCCAGGUAACAGCUCUGCACCAGGCAGCUGACCAAGCCUCUGCCCUGGCGCCCCCAACAGGAUUCCUGACCGCCCAUCUCUCUGCAGAAAGAUGUGUGUGGUCCCCCCACUAGGUGCCCCACAACCAGGACCAAGACGGGGCCUCCAAAGGAGGUAAGAACCUUUGGCAGGUGCUUCGGGACACUGACUACCCAGAGAUGCCCCCAAGUAGAGGCUUGUCAGAGUUGGUGGGUCCUGACAGCAUCUGGGUUCUCACAGCAGGAUGAGGAAGGAGGGUGUGUUAACCCAACAGAGGGAGUGGGGCCCUGCCCAGGUGUCUCCACAAUGCCACAAAAAGCCCAAAGAUGUAUGUGUCACCAACUGAUCAUUGUAAAUAAAGUGGACCUGCUUUUUCA